AUGAUGACAUUCAACACAGAUCAGGGACAGUUGAAUCUAAGCCAGAAGAUCAUCAGUGUAGCGGCUACUCGCUUGAACAAUAUGUCUCAAAACAAGAGCAGCCACUACAGAGCAAAAGUAGAAGCCUACACGACCGAAUACUACAUGCUGCGCAUCUACUUGACCUGCUUGCAAGGUAGAUCCGAUAUUGGAGAGCAUUUGUUUUCCAAGGUCCCGCAAGCGAGUCGAGGCGGAUCUCAAGAGACUGUUAUGGAUAUUUGCUAUAGAGUUGGGGCACAGGCAAUCUCAUGUCGCCAGCUUGAUGUGGCAGCUCAAUGGCUUGAAAGAGCUUUGAGCUCAAGCGAGCUUCAGGGGCAAACCCAACAGAUUGAUUCCGACCUGAAGGAUAAAAGGUUCCGGGUCUUGCUCGCUUUGGCUGGUCUGGAAGCACAUCGAUGUAGCGAUGUCUAA